GCGCAUGCCCAACACAAAGAUGGCCGACCAGGGCCUUCCGCGCUGCUAGGGGAAGGGGGGGAGACGUCGCGGCGCUUUCUGGUGAUGUCACCAUUGUGCUCCUUAGAGUGUACGCCGAGCACAUUGGUGUGUACUGAUAGCCGGACUGUACGGCUAUGGAACCACCGAAGGAUUGUCCGCCUCCUAAGCAGCAGCCUAUGAUCUAUAUCUGUGGAGAAUGCCACACAGAAAAUGAGAUAAAAGCCAGGGAUCCCAUCAGAUGCAGAGAAUGUGGUUACAGAAUAAUGUACAAGAAAAGAACAAAACGGUUGGUUGUUUUUGAUGCCCGUUGAAUGAAUGGACAACUUGUAAUGCAAUGUGGAUAUCCUAUAUACUUCUUUUUCUUUUUUUUUCAUUUUAUGCCUUUUUUUUUUUUAACAAUUUUCAGUAUGCAUCUGUAAAUUAUAACAAGUUUGUAAUAAAGGUUUGAAGCCCUAAAAUAUU